AUGCUUUGGAGUCCGUUUGACGAGAAAGGCGGCCCUGCUGCCACUCAAGUCAGAGUUCACAGUUCUGGCAAUGUCGUCACCGCGGCUUAUUAUCACCACUGUGUAGCUCUCCCGCUCGAAUCGCUGCAGCCAUUGGUCUACAACGCCCUGUCGCGGGUGAUAAUGCAAUUUCCAGGAAUGGGGGCCAUCCUCCAACAGGUCCCUUUUAUUCAGAUAAAGGACGGCCGAGAUCAAGAAGUUGAGAUGCUCGUGGAGGAACAGCAGAACAUGGGAUUCUCGCAACCCUCUGAGCAGGAGCCAUGCUGGCGUCUGGUUGUGGCGUACACAGCUGAGCAAAAUUACAUGUCUGAUAUGGUAGCUUGUUUUGUGGUAGGCGAGACCGCCAGGGAUCGGUUCUGCGCGGUGGCCUUCCAUCGAUCAUUCUUGGCCGCAUUGUUGCUGGUCAACCAGACAAAAAUAUCGAAACAGCCAUCGGAAUACCCCAGUCCCAUAGCUUCAAAACGACUGUCUGGGACUUCUAUAUCACGACAGGCAAGGCAAACCAACUAUACGCAAUGUCAUUCUCGGUUCAAAACAGUUACACUUGGAGCCAAGGAAACAGCCCGUCUCCUGGCAGAUUGCUUUGCCAGUACGACUCUCACUGGUGUCAUCCAAGCGAUUCUCGCGGCGUCGUUGUUUGCGAACUUGACCUCAGAAUUCUGCUAUCUGCGUACUGCAGGACAGAUAUCGCCUAGUGGCACCAUAGGGAACCCGAUCGCUGCGCCCUGCUCCAGAUAUAUUGUGACACAUGACAGAGCACAGGGAUGGAAUGUGGCUUCUGUCUGGAACGAGGCUCAGCGUAUCCACACAGCUUCGAAGUCCGAGCUAAGUGAAAAGAUGAGAAAGAACGGUCUAAUAGGGCUUCUUCGACACGAGGGAGAUGAUACGAAAUACACCAGAGAGACUAGUGGCGUCAGCGCUGCAGUAUCGAGCAUGGGAAGCUUCCAGGAUCCAAAAUCAUCCGUGUCCCAAGAGCAGCGACAGUGGCAGACAAGGAGGGUGAUAUGCAGCAAUUAUAACACCGAAAUCGGUGCUGCUUUGUGGAUCACACUAGUAGUUGGAGGAGACGGUUGUUUGAUAAUGGGAUUUUCUUGGUUAGAAGGUAUCAUCGAGGAGGUUUGGCUUGACCAAGUUAUCGCCACCAUGAGACGGAUGAUUGAAGAACCUUUGCACGCCGAUGGUGCCAUGAAAACGAGAACAACGAUACCAGAGCCACUCCCUUGGGGAGGUUCGAUGUCUCGGCUGGUCUGUCUAGUCAGGGACCUCAUGUUGGAUUAA